AUGACCUGCAGCUCCGCGCGGACUUCUUGGAUCGGCGCUUGGACCCCCUGGCGUCGCAUUCGGCGCAGCCCCUGGCGCGCUGCGGGUGUUCCGCUGCGCCGGCCUGCGGCGCGCCGCGCUGCAGAUGCGCCGGCGCGUGCAGCUGGGCAUCGCGCUGGAGCUCCGAUGGCCCAAGGGAUCCUGCACCCAGGGCUGGGGAAUUCGGCGUCCUUCGAGGCGAUGAGCGUCUUCACCGACAGCGCGAACGCCAUGGUGGCGCUCCACGUCUUCGUCGUGUGGAAGUACCACCACCCGCGCGUCUUCCUGCGCGACGCGCUGAUGGCCCGGCACGUCACCAGGAUCGCGCUGGAGAGGCCGCCCCCCAGGGAAGACCCCACGGCGAGCCUGCCAGGCCCCGUGCCAGACUUCAACGCGCCGUGCAGCCCGGGGCCGCCGGGGGGCCCCGCGGCUGGCGCGGCGGCGGCGCCGGCGCCGCUGCUCGCCGGCGCCGGGGCGGAGCCGCUCGCAGUGCUCGUGGAGACCGGGCCGUGGGCCCGCCGGCUGGAGCUCAGGAGGCCCGCGCCGCCGGGCCCCGCGGCAGGCCCCGAGGGCGGUGGCGCCGCCCCGGAGGGGCAGCGCCCGACGCCAUUUGGGCAGCUGCUGCAGGUGGGCGUGCUGCACGUCGACCGGCUCGGCGGGGAGACCCUGGACCCCGCGGCGCUGCGGGAGCUGCUCGGCGGGGACCUGCAGAUAGCCAAGGAUCGGGGGAGGUGGAAGUGGACCUGCUCUCCGCCAGGGAGGCGUACGUGGACGCGGAAAGGCUGGCGCCGUUCCUGA